AUGGAUUUUUCCCAGUAUCGAAAGGCUCUGGUCUACAUUUUGACUUUUCUCGCUUACGCAUGGUCAGGUUAUGGUGCUGGGUUACUAUCGAAUUUAAAGGACGCGGUAUUAGCAGCGGAAUCGGUAUUUCAAGAUUUAUUUGAGAAUGCAAUUACUGUGGCUAGAAAAAUUAAAGACAUACAUGAAGUGUUUGACGCAGCAGUGGAAGAAAACUGUAUCUUUCAAUGCCCAGGAGAUAAACCAAGAGUAUCUGCCACUCACGGAAAUGACGAAAUGUUGUGACGCGCAUGACAUUUGUUACGAUACUUGUAACUUGGAUAAGGAGAAAUGCGAUUUGGAAUUUAAAAGAUGCCUAUACAAAUAUUGCGAUGGAUACCAAUCGAAUGCGAUAAUAAAUACAUGCAAAGGUGCUGCAAAAAUGCUUUUCACUGGCACGACUACUUUAGGAUGCAAGAGUUACAUGGAUGCGCAAAAGAAUGCUUGCUACUGUGGAGAUAAGUGGAAUAAAAACAAAAAGUCAAAGAAAGCUGCUCAAGCUGGAGGAGAAUUAUAG